CGCAGAGCGACAACACGGAAAUGGUAAGGCGAUGGGGGCCAAGGAUUACUGCUUCAGGCGCGUAGUACCUUUGUCCCUUUUACGCAGUAGACGUCGUUCGUAGUCGAAACCCGUUCCUUUGACCGCCCACCCACUUGGAAUAUACCUUGCAGCAAGCAAUAGGCAAGUCAAAGACUUUACAACCUACCUAGUAGACAACCUAGUCUAGUACACUUACACGCCAACGUUGCCAUCACCGUCCGCCCGUCCCCGGUUUAUCAACACAAUGAAGGAUCCCUUUUUAGACCGACCAGAUCCCUGCCGGAACCAUAUGACGCAGGAAUAAAAAAUAAAACAACUAGGCGGGAACCGUCAUACAAGUGAAGCAGAUAUGCGCAGACACGCACUUUACAUGCAUACAUAACAUACACAUGCCAAACCGGACCAUGUCUCUAAGUAGGUAUUGUUUCUCGGCCCUACCGCCCCAAUAUAUCCAUCCCGUAUACCAUCUCACAUAGCAACUCUCCCCACGCUUUUAGUUUGAUUUAUCCUUUUUAAUAAUGAACCCUUGCCUUUCUCAUCAUACUACAUUCUUAGACUAAGUAGCCUAAGUUGAUCUUUGAGCAAACUUCAUAUUUUAUCUAGUCGACCUCCCACCUCAUGUUCACUCACAUGGGACCUUGACUCUUCAACUACCUUCUCACCUCUAUCAACCUCUCUAUACAACACCUCAUCAAGAUGAUGCCCACUCUCUUAGGGGCAAACAUGCCCCACGUACCUUCUCAGAACUUUGCCUCGGAUCCAACUUUUGCGGAACUAUCACGGCAGCUCGCUAUGUCAGAUUCGAUGCGUAGGAUAUCUCGUGGUUCGGCCGGGCAACGACCUCAAAACAACAUGCGUGUUGUAAAACCUAGCAGUGCUAGUAACAGCCCGCAAGCCAUGAUGGCACGCCGGAGGACAAUGAUGAACGACAAUAACCUCGCCCGUCGACGGCAACAAGUUUUGGACCAGGCCGUUAUGCAGCAGAUGCAAGACUACACAUCCUAUUCGGCACCCGUUGAAGACCCCAUCAAGAGGAGUAACCGGCCAGUCAGCUGGCACCCAAGCUCACAUAUUCAACAACCACAUAUGCAUAUACCUAUGCCACAGCAAGACUUCUCACAAUACAUCGUCCCGGCACCGAUGGCAUACCACCAACCAGAUAUUUACUCUGGUUACCAUAACUUACCUCCAACCCCCGCGGUUUACUCUGGACAGACUUCACCUAUAUCCUCCAUGUCUCCACUAUGUCUACCAUACGCAGCAUCUUCUCAACCGCAAACCAUGCCGACUUACAUCUCACAAGAGGCGUGGAAUUCUACGCCGCAAUUCGACACCAACUCUUACGCAACGAACUGUAACUCUGGAGAAAUGGAACCUUUCCCAUCAUUCACAAACCAAAUUCCGUUUAACUGGGGCGACAGCCUUGCUGCUCAUGGAUUUAACGUUUGCACGGCACCUCCAACGCCGGACGAGUUCCAGGUCGCUCAGCAACCAGAACCAACGGUCACUCCUGAGGAGUCGAUACCGUACCAGCCACUUGAAGAAUCAGAGGAGGAAGAGGGGGAAAUAUUGGUGGGGAUGGGUUUAUAUGAUCCACCAAAGACGGAAAUGGACCCAGGACUAGACAACUAUCGAACAACCACAUCUCAAUUAUUAGGAACAACCUACAGGAGAGGACAGGGAUGGAAACUAGAGGAAGCUUGGGAGCCACCAGCAACAGACGAUGAGGAUGGUGAGGGUGAUGAGGAGGAAGAGGAAGCAGAAGAGGGGAAAGAAGAAGAGAAGGACAAGGCAACAGAGUCAGCCGCGGCCGAACAGAACUGGAUUUAGUUCAGCAAUGUUUUCCAGGACAAUCGUUUACACUGCUAUAUCUGGGUGUAUGGAAGACUAAUUGGAGCCUAUGAAGACUACCUGUGUCAGGGGAAUUAUGCACAGCAUAGAGAGGAGAUUAUCAUAGAAACUACUUGAUAUUUGGGUCAAGGUCUAGCGUGCACAGAACACGCAGCCUUUGAUCUGCUCAAAAAAAUCAAGAAAAUACCAUUUGGGAAUUUUACUCAA